CGUCACGCGGCCCCCGGCCGAGGGGCCAUGGAGUCGGGCCGCCCCAGCCUGUCGGCGGAUGUGGGGUCGAUGGGCGGGACGCCGCGGGUCUCCUUUCUCCACCCUCGGGGCACCCCCGUGCCGGUGCUCUUCAGCUUAAUGAAUUCCAGUGAUGCAGCUGUGAAACAUGCUUUGCCCAAGAGUCAUCUGCCCCAAGUGAUUAUUCACGACAACAUAAGCGCCCAGCGUAUUUGUGAAAUAGAGUCCAAAGCCACGGACAAGACCAAGAAGAAGUCCGCCCACCAGCAUAACCACCUGAAGAAGAAGUUCUUGACCGACCAGAUAAAGAAGAUCCGGCGCUGGAGGGGGGAAGCUCAGAACUUCCUGAAGUACAUGGCUCUGUCCAACCUGGAAAGCGAAGAAGAGGCUCCAGCUGGGACUUCUCAGACUGACACAGCUCAGGAGCCUCCGGAGAUGAAGAUCCUUUCCACGUCCCCAAGCGAGGCUCAAACUAAAUUGAACGAACCAUCCGCCACGUCGUCUGCCGAAUGAAACGCCGCGAUGUCAGGGGCCAGAGGGACGGGCAGAGGUCUUUAGGCUUGCGCAGUAAUAAACUACCCCCCGGUGCACAGAAAA